GUUGCCAGCCCGACUAGCACCUCGAGCACUCUCAUCGGCACCACUCGAGCCCGCCAGACGCCCGCCAGGAGCUCGUGCCGUCGCCUCACCUCGGUCGCCUCGUCCUCCGCCUCGCUCGACCUCAUCUCACCCGACCACCUCGCCUCAGCGCUCCCUUUGAGCCAUCAUGCAGUCCGACGAUGUCAUCUGGGACAUCAUCAACCGGCAGCACUGCUCGUACAAGAUCAAGACCGUCACGCAGAACUUCUGCCGCAACGAGUACAACCUCACGGGCCUGUGCAGCCGCCAGAGCUGCCCGCUCGCCAACAGCCGGUACGCGACCGUCCGCGAGCAUGGCGGCGUCGUCUACCUGUACAUGAAGACGAUCGAGCGCGCGCACUUGCCGAGCAAGAUGUGGGAGCGCGUCAAACUGUCGGGCAACUACACCAAGGCGCUGGCACAGCUCGACAAGCACCUGAUCUACUGGCCCGACUUUCUCGUCCACAAGUGCAAGCAGCGCUUGACCAAGAUCACGCAGUACCUGAUCCGGAUGAAGAAGCUCAAGAUGAAGGAGGCCCCGCAGCUUGUCCCGAUCAAGAAGAAGACGGAGAAGCGCGAGUCGGCGCGUGAGGCCAAGGCGCUCUCGGCGGCGCAGCUCGAAAAGUCGCUCGAGCGCGAGCUCAUUGCGCGGCUCAAGUCGCGCGCGUACGGCGACCAGCCGCUCAACGUCAACGAGGACGUGUGGCAGGCCGUCCUCAACCGCGAGCGCGAGGUCGAGGCCGAGAAGGAGCUCGAGGAGCUCGGCAUGGAGAGCGACGACGAGACGGACGACGAGGAUCUCGAGGAGAACGAGGACGAGCUCGAGGACGACAUGGCCGAGUUCGUGAGCGACUUUGACGAGUCCGACGUCGACGACAUGGAGGAGUACGAGGGUGCUUCCGACUUCGAGGGCUUCUCUGGCGACGAGGAGGAUGCGUCCGACGACGACGAGGCCGCCUCGGACGACGACGACGAGACGGCCGCCGGCCCGACGACGGGCAAGCGGAAAUCGGCGCCGGGCGACGAGCCCAAGAAGGGCAAGGGCAAGGCGCCUGCACCCAAGAAGCCGAGGAGGAAGGGCCCGAGGGUCGAGGUCGAGUACGAGCAGGAGACCGAGCCGCUCUCGGCGGCGCAGAUGGACGCGUGGUAGACGGGGCGAGGCAGACGAGGGUCGUCCGUGCGCGUGGGCGAAGCGUCGAGUCGGGGCUCGAGAGCGAGCGGGCCGCAGCUGUACCACCUCUCACUUUCGCAAUGUUGCAUUCU